GUUAGAGGUCCUCUGCAAGUCACAGCAGAACAGACUGAUACUGAGUUAGAUGCUCUGCUGCCGCCUGCUUCACUUUAACUGUUCCUCUGCUGGACCACGACAUGAAGCGAUGCCUCGGACUGGUUCUGCUGCUUUGUUUUGGGAUGCUGCAAGUGGGUUCUGGGCUUCGCUGCUACAAGUGUGCAGAUUACACAGGACGCUGCGAGAACGUGCAGGAGUGCACAUUUGAAGACUCAUGCAUCUCUCUAAGGGAUCCAGGUGGGAAGACGAUCCGGCAGUGUAUCCGGUACACAGAGUGUGAUAUGUCCCGCCUCACCCAGAUGUUUCCGUCCAUCUCCAGAUUCAGUUUCAGGUGUUGCCACAGUAACCUGUGUAACUCGGGUUCCACGGCCCCUUCAGUGACCCCGGUUUUGGUUCUGCUGUGGUCCCUGUUGAGCAUUUGGUGGUUCUACUCCUGAAUUCCUUCAGCUGAUCUGGAUUUUAAUGCUGACCUAAACUAAUCUUUUUUCGCUCGUUGGUUGUUUUCAGGCUCCUGCAGCUCCUCAGGUCUCUUCUGUGAAACUGAUUUUACUAAUUUUUUAUGUGAUAUUCUUUCAGUUUAACAUGAAAUAAAAUGUUUUUCUGGCUUUUAAA